AUGGCCGAAAAGAAGGAGACCAAAAGCAAUGCAGCAACGAGCAAGAGCGAGGACAAUUCAGGCAUAGGAGUCGUAGACGCCCUAAGGAUCAUAGCCGGCCUCCUCCUGAUCAACUGCAUAGCAAGCUACUUCGUCACCGGCGACAGCAUAACGUGGAACUACCGGCCCUGGUGGAUAAGACCCAAAGUCCUCGCGGCAAGACUGAGAUCCCCCGUAAUCCUCGCCGACGGCGACCUCUUCCACUACGACGGCCGCAAUGAAUCCCUCCCCAUCUACCUCGCGCUCAACGGCACCAUCUACGACGUGACCGCCGGACGCAGGAUCUACGCCCCGGGCGGUCCGUACAACAAAUUCGCCGGCCGAGAUGCCACGCGGGCGUACAUCACGGGGUGUUUCAAGGAAGAUUCGAUCGCGGACUAUCGGGGGGCGGAGUGGACGUUUGUGCCGACGGAUGUGCCGCACUUUAUGGAUAAGUUUGACGAGGAUUUGAGCGAGACGAAGCGGGAUUAUCGGUACGAGAUGGUGGGGCAGGCGUUGGAGGAGGUGGACAAGACGAUUGCGCAUUGGGCGAAGGUGUUUAGGGGCGAGACGGGGAAGGAUUACUUUGAGGUGGGUUAUGUACAACGGAAUCCCGGGCUGAUGGCUAUGUUGCCUAUCCGGCCGCUUUGUGCGGCGGCGGAGAAGAAGAGGCCGAAGCCGAAGUUUGAUAAAACGGCGAAGUAUAGGAGGGCCGAGAGGGCGGAGCAGGCGAGGAGGCAACAGUUGGAGUAUGCCAAGUUGACGAAUCCCGCGUUGAGUGAAGAGGCGGAGAGAGCUGCUGCUGCUGGCAACGAAGGCCAUGAUGAGAUUUGA